UUUGGCUUUUGCCAAUUUAUUUUAAUUAUCGUUCUCACAUUAUCUGUUUUUAGCUUUGAAAGGAUUAUUUCUGUAGGAAGUUUUUAAGGUGUUAGCUUGGUGGGCAUCUGAAAUGUUGGCUCAUCUAUAUAACGAAAAAAUUUAAACAUUAUUAUGUUUAAUCUAAUUAUUUAAAAGUUAAUAUAGAAGACAUUUUAGAAAGCAUUAAUUUUGGAUGUUUAUUUCAGCAGUUGUUGAAAUGUUUCAUUCUAAAACCAUCCACUUCCAUACUUAGUGCAAGUUAUAUUCCUAAAACUUUUAAAAUGAAUGUGUGUCUAUAUAUACGUUACUCCCAUGCUACAGUGAGAUCAUUCCUUCUGUUUUCCAGCUAAGAAAUAGUGUCACUAAAGUUUUCAACAUGUUUUUUAAAUUAGCUGAAAUAAGUGAGAUAGGUCAUAUUCAAGAAACAAUGGCCAAAACCUUUUUCCUCAAAAGAAGUGAAAGACCAAUUAAAUCUUGAUUUUAUUUAGAAACCAGUGGAUUUCCUAUAAUAUGUACUGUAGGGGAACUAGUCUGUUUCUGUUGCGAUCCUAUGCUACUCACUGAUUUAUAUUUUAGGUGAUGCAAAGACUUUCUGGAUGGAGCUGGAAGAUAAUGGAAAGGUGGACAUGAUAUUUGAGCAAGUGCAAAAUGUGCUGCAGUCACUGAAACAAAAGAUCAAAGAUGGGUCUGCCACGAAUAAAGAAUACAUCCAAGCAAUGAUUCUAGUGAAGGAAGCAACCAUAAGUAACAAUUCAACAUUGGUAAAGGAUCGUAAGUCUGUGACCCAGAAUGAACAGGAAAACAAAUCAAGUUCAUUGCCCUCUACAUCUUAUGAAGACUCCUUUCCAGAAGACUGUACAGUUCUAUCUACAAAAAAUAAGGAUGUUCUUCCUCAGGAAAAUAAAGCUGCAGACUUGAGAGAAAAAAAACCAUCUCUGAAUUUAUCAUACCAAAGUCAUGACUGCUCUGAUGCCUGUCUAAUGAAAAAGCCACUAACCUUCAAGGGAGAAAACCCUCUGCAGCUACCAAUCAAAUGCCACUUCCAAAGACGACAUGCGAAGACUAGCUCUCAUUCUUCAGCACUCCACGUGAGUUAUAAAACCCCUUGUGGAAGGAGUCUACGAAACAUGGAGGAAGUUUUUCGUUACCUGCUUGAGACAGAGUGUAACUUUUUAUUUACAGAUAACUUUUCUUUCAAUACCUAUGUUCAGUUGACUCGGAAUUACCCAAAGCAAGAAGAAAUUGUUUCUGAUGUGGAUAUUAGCAAUGGAGUGGAGUCGAUGCCCAUUUCUUUCUGUAAUGAAAUUGACAAUAGAAAACUUCCGCACUUUAAGUACAGAAAGACUGUGCGGCCACGAGCAUAUUGUCUAAACAGCUUUUCCAACAUGUUUACUGAUUCAUGUGACUGUUCUGAGGGCUGCAUAGACAUAACAAAAUGUGCAUGUCUUCAAAUGACGGCAAGGAAUGCUAGGACAUGCCCCUUGUCAAGUGAUAAAAUAGCCAUUGGAUAUAAACAUAAAAGACUACAGAGACACAUACCUACUGGCAUUUAUGAAUGCAGCCUGUUGUGCAAGUGUAAUCGACGAAUGUGUCAAAACCGGGUUGUCCAGCAUGGACCUCAAGUGAGGCUGCAGGUGUUCAAAACUGAGAAGAAGGGAUGGGGAGUGCGCUGCCUAGAUGACAUCGAGAGGGGGACAUUUGUUUGUAUUUAUUCAGGAAGAUUACUUAGCAGGUCUAACACUGAGAAACCUGAUGCUACUGAUGAAAACAGAAAAGAAGAAAAUAUUAUGAAAAAUGUGUUUUCAAAAAAGAGGAAAAUAGAAGUUACAGAUUGUGAGGUUGAAGUUAUCCCAUCAGAAUUGAAAACAAAUCCUGGAAGUGCUAAGACUGAAGAGUGUCCACCUGAGUUCAAUAAAAAUCCAAAAGAGCCUGUCAUAGAAAUGAAAUGUAAUACUAUUUCAAGAAUUCAAUAUCAUUCAGUUAUUAGAAGUCCGAAAACCAAGAUAGCCAUUAUUCAACCCAAUGGGAAAAAGACGGGAUUUGCUUCCUUGCAGUAUGUCACCUCUGAAGAUGAUGGAUUUAAACCAACCCAAGCACUUCUGAACUCUAAAGCCAAGGAAACAAAAAUGGAUUCAAGCUCAAACCAAGUUGAAGAUUCUGACAACACUCUGCUGAUUGAAUCAGAGGUGAUAGAUAUAACUAAAUGUAGAGAAGAAACUCCACCAGAGGGCAGAUAUAACCAAGCAACCACAUCGGAUAAUCAGAAUGUUAUGGAGUUUGAAGUUCAAAUACUCAAACCCCAAGAGGAAAAAUCUCCAGCAUUUCAAAACCAGCAGGUCUUUUGUGAUAAACAGUUGCCAAAGGAAACCAAGGAUACUUCACCUGAUUCUCUAAAGAAGUUCAGUAAAGGAAAUGUGUUUUUAUUGGAUGCCACAAAAGAAGGAAAUGUGGGCCGCUUCCUUAAUCAUAGUUGUUGCCCAAAUCUUUGGGUACAGAAUGUUUUUGUAGAAACACAUGACAGGAAUUUUCCAUUGGUGGCAUUCUUCACCAACAGGUAUGUGAGAGCAAGAACAGAACUAACGUGGGAUUAUGGUUACGAAGCUGGGACUGUGCCCGAGAAAGAAAUUCUCUGCCAGUGUGGCGUUAAUAAGUGUAGAAAAAAAAUAUUAUAAAUCCGUAGCAAAUGCCUGUUCGUGAAAUGAGCUGAUCAAGCUGAAAUUAGAGCCGUGCAAAAGAGCCCUCCAUCAUCUGGUGGAAUUACUUUCGGUUGUGAACCAUCAAGAGAAUUCCUCUGUUUACCUUUGUGGGGACAAGGGGUUCAUUUGUGUGACUUAGAAAUGCUAGGAACAAAAUAAGGACAUUUUCAUAUGCGUAGGUUACCUCUUUAUGCUAUUCAACUUGACAUAAGUAGGAUGGAAGUGUAUAUUUUAUAUGAAAUGCUACUAUACAAUUUGUAACUUAUUUGUAAAUUAUAUACUAAGAGAAACAUGUCACAAUAGAAUUCGGCUGUUCUUAUUGUUUUUGUGAUUAUUAUCUUUGAGUUCAUGCUCCCAACGGGCCUAAUUUUACAUUUUUACCUGCAAAAUUUACUUAUGUUUAAUUCCUGGCCAGUCAUUUACCAUUAUGAGCCUGAAGGUGGGCAAAACAGCCUGAAGAAUACAGCUCCAAGAAGCACUGUCCCAUCAAGCCAUUUGAGUGAGAAAGGGGGAGAACCUCUCCUAUGGGGAAGGUUUUGGCAGUGAAACUUUGUUUCCACCAAUUCCCUUUAUUUCUUCAAUACAAACACAGACCAGAAAAGAGGGAAUAGAAACCUGGAGGAGUUGGAAGACUUUUGUUCUAAUAGAGUGGAGCCAUAAGAAAAGGAAACCUGGAAAGCAGGCCGACUUGGCUUAUUCAGGCCAGAAGAGAUUGUGUUGGGCAAGAAUUUAAUUUAAAAAACAAAACUGAGCUGCAAAGUCUGAAACAGCCCCUUGGAUUCUCCUGGGCAUGAUGUGCAAAUUGUUUUUUCUAGAGAAAAAGGGAAUUAACUUUGAUAUGGGUUACCUAGCCCUGAUCAUCUAUCUAGGAAAGGGGGGUAGGAAUCUCCAAGAGUGAAAACUAAUUUUAUCCUUAACAAAGGUGUACAUUUGGCUGCCAAGGGGGAGCCCUUGGACCCAGGAUGGGAAUACUAGCUCAAAAAGGACUAAUUAAAAAGUUUGGUUCUUGAGAGAUUUUUUUUUUCUUUUUUCUGAACUUGAUUCUGGGUUUAGUGUGGUUACCUUUCAAACAAAAAUGUAUUCUAAGUUUAGACCCAAUUUAAUUUCUUAAAAAUAUUGAACUAGAUGAAAAUUCAACUUGAAAUUGUUUUACAGAGUGGAAAACCACAGAACUAGGAAAAGGAACAAAAAAUUACAACGCAACAGCCUAUAGACAGAAGAAAAUUGAGAAGUCUAUUUAUUCACAGUAAAGAUGCAGGAACUGUAGACAGUACACUAAAAUAAAGUGACAACACUUGAUCAA